AGAGUUCAAGUGUUUCCUCCUGAAGAGAACAUGACCUCAGUUUCUCUGCCCCAGAACUGCUCCAACUGCAGUCAGGUAUCUCACCCAGAGGUCAAUGUCACCAAGGCUGUGGCAUUGGGACUGGUCCUGGGGGUCUUCAUCGUGUUUGGGGUGCUGGGCAACAUACUGGUCAUCCUGUCAGUAGCCUGUCACAGGCACCUGCGGACCGUCACCCACUUCUUCAUCGUCAACCUGGCGGUGGCCGACCUGCUUCUGAGCUCCACAGUGCUGCCCUUCUCAGCCAUCUUUGAGAUCCUGGGCCGCUGGGUGUUCGGCCGGCCCUUCUGCAAUGUGUGGGCGGCCAUGGACGUACUGUGCUGCACGGCCUCCAUCAUGAGCCUGUGCGUGAUCUCGGUGGACCGCUACAUCGGGGUGAGCUACCCGCUGCGAUACCCGGCUAUUGUGACGGAGCGACGCGGGCUGCUGGCGCUGGUGGGCCUCUGGGUCCUCUCGGUCACCAUCUCCAUCGGGCCCCUGUUCGGCUGGAAGGAGCCCGCGCCGGAGGACGACACGGUCUGCAAGAUCACCGAGGAGCCGGGCUACGCCAUCUUCUCGGCCGUGGGCUCCUUCUACCUCCCUCUGGCGGUCAUCCUCUCCAUGUACUGCCGGGUGUACGUGGUGGCCCGGCGGGAGACCAGGGGCCUGAGGGAGGGGCGCAAGACGGACAAGUCGGACUCGGAGGGCGUGACGCUGCGGAUGCACCGCGGCAACACCCCCGUCUCGGAGGACGAGACGCUGCACAGCCGCAGGCAUUUCGCCCUGCGCCUGCUCAAGUUCUCUCGCGAGAAGAAGGCUGCCAAGACCCUGGGCAUCGUGGUGGGCUGCUUCGUCCUCUGCUGGCUUCCUUUCUUCCUGGUGCUGCCCAUAGGCUCCAUCUUCCCUGCCUACAGGCCCUCAGACAUGGUCUUCAAGAUCACGUUCUGGCUGGGCUACUUCAACAGCUGCAUCAACCCCAUCAUCUACCCCUGCUCCAGCCAGGAGUUCAAGAAGGCCUUCCAGAACGUGCUGGCCGUGGGCUGCCUGAGCUACCACGCCCGGACUGCCAAGCCGCAGGGCCACGGCCAGGGCCAGGGCCACUUCCACACGCUGGGGCUGGAGGUCCACGGCGGGGCCUCUCGGCUCAGCCCCUCCUCCAGCAUCGCCCUGUCCCGCACCCCUUCCUCCAGCGCCGGCAGGGAAUGGCGGGCCUUUUCGGCGGCUUCGGGGGCAGGGUCUAUGGGGGCGGCGCCAGGCAGGGCCGAGGUCGCCCGGGUUCGCAGCAAGAACCUCCUCAGGGCCUGCUGUUGUGUUGGCAGGGAGGGGCCUACCCAGGGAGCCGCCCCCUCCCAGCUGCCCGGCCCCGGCACCUUGCCUGUCAUCAAGAUCCACCAGCUCUCUCUGUGUGAGAAUGGGGAGGCUGUGUAGCUAGCUGCACAUAGAAGACCUCAGGGAGAUCAAAUCCUUGUUAUUGGAAUGGCAAGGUGCAGUGGCACACUCUACAGGUUCUGGGUGAUAUCAAAAAAGCCACCGGUUUAUGAGAAAAAUAUUUUCUCUGUUACUUUGAGGACAGGCACAAAGAGGAGCAUUUGUAUGGGGUUUUAUCCAUAACUCCACCCUGGGAGUUAGAGCCUUUGGUAACAAUUUAAGUGUAGGUUUCUGCAUAAGAAUUAUGUAGAUCCUUCAUAAACCCUGCCCUA